CUUCUGUCUAUCAAAAAAAUAAAAAUAAGAAUCUGAUUUUUUUCUUAAAAACAUUUCUGAGUGUGUUUCGAGUACUUAAUUGAUCUGCUAUUAAUAUAAAGGUUGGAAAAGCAAUAGGGAUUGAUUUAGGAACAACAUAUUCAUGUGUUGGAGUAUGGCAAAAUCACCGUGUUGAGAUUAUUCCUAAUGAUCAAGGGAAUAGAACUACACCUUCUUACGUUGCUUUUGAUGAUGUUGAACGCAUGAUCGGUGAUGGUGCUAAGAAUCAAGUCGCUAUGAAUCCGGUCAACACCGUUUUUGAUGCAAAACGUUUAAUUGGUAGGAAAUUCGGAGAUAGUUUUAUUCAGAGUGAUAUGAAGCUAUGGCCCUUUAAAGUCAUUCCUGGCGUAGACAAGAAACCCAUAAUUCAAGUGAGUUACAAGGGAAAGAAUAUACAGUUUUCAGCUGAGGAAAUCUCAGCCAUGAUUCUCACUAAGAUGAGAGAAAUUGCCGAAGCUUAUCUUGGUUCAACUGUUAAGGAUGCUGUCGUCACAGUUCCUGCUUACUUCAAUGAUUCUCAGCGUCAAGCUACUAAGGAUGCUGCUAAAAUUGCUGGCCUAAAUGUACUGCAAAUAAUUAAUGAACCAACAGCGGCCGGAAUUGCUUAUGGUCUUGAUAAGAAGGCGACCAAUGUGGGCGCAAACAAUGUUCUUAUUUUUGAUCUUGGUGGUGGCACUCUGGAUGUUUCCGUACUCACCAUUAACGGGGGAAACUUUGUAGUCAAGGCUACGGCUGGAGAUACCCAUCUUGGAGGAGAAGAUUUUGAAAACAGGAUGGUCGAUCACUUUAUAAAAGAGUUCAAGAAGAAGCACAACAAGGACAUCAGUGGAAAUGCAAGGGCCGUUAGGAGGUUGAAAACAUCUUGCGAGAGAGCAAAGAGGGCCCUUUCAUCCAAUGUUCGCACAACCUUUGAACUUGAAGCUCUGUAUGAAGGAUUAGAUUUUCAUGCGCCCAUCACUCGUGCUAAAUUUGAAGAGCUGAACAUGGAUUUGUUCACGAUAUGCAUGGGACCUGUUGAGAAGUGUUUGUGGGAUGCCAAGAUGGAUAAAAGUGCCAUUCGCGAAGUUGUCUUCGUUGGUGGGUCCACUAGAAUUCCAAAGGUUCAAUCUCUAUUGCAGGAUUUCUUUAAUGGGAAGAAACUCAACAAGAGCAUCAACCCUGAUGAGGCUGUGGCAUAUGGUGCUGCGGUGCAAGCUGCUAUUUUGAGUGGUGAGGGUGAUGAGGAGGUGCAGGACUUGGUGUUGUUGGACGUCACCCCUCUUUCUCUUGGUAUUGAGGUUGGUGAUGGUGUUAUGAGUACAUUGAUCCCCAGGAACACAGUCAUCCCCGUGAAGAAGGAAAAGCUCUACACUACCAACGCGGACAAUCAAACCUAUUUGGUUUUUCCUGUGUAUGAGGGUGAGAGAGAUAGAACCCGUGACAAUAACUUGCUGGGUGAGUUUGAGCUAAGAGGAAUUCCCCCAGUAGGUCGUGGUGUCCCUAGGAUCGUAGUAUGCUUUGAUUUGGAUGCAAAUGGUAUAUUGAAUGUGUCUGCCCAGGAUAAGACAAGUGGGAUCAAAAAUAGGAUCACUGUUGUAAACAAAAAAGGGAGGUUGUCGACUACUGAAAUUAAGAAGAUGGUCCGAGACGCUAAGAAAUACAGGUCAGAAGAUGAAGCAUUACGCAUACAACGUGACGCGAACGGUGAAUAAAAACAGAGUGAAGCUCAUGUAGGAUAAAAAACAAUGCUAAUAAUUGUUGGAAGUUAAACCAAGAUAUGGUGUUUUGCUUCGUGGAUCCACAUCAUAUCUUGAUCCAGUACGAAUGGAUCAACUGCUGUAGUUGACGCAGUCAAGUUGGAUCAACAAGAACAGUUGACACACUGAGCGAUAUUUGGAAGUUCGAGUUAACUAGAAGAGCAAGUUGUGUCGGUUCCUUGUUUUAGAG